UAUAAUACCGAAAUUUCGUCCAUUUAAAUUGAUCCAACGGCUGAGGGAAAAGGUAAAAGAUUAAAAACACAAAUUUAAAAAAUUAAAACUAAAUUGUCUUUUUGCAAUUAUUUUGAAAUAUUGAAAUAAAAAAUAAAAUCUAUUUUGUAUAACUAAACAAACUCUUACACCAUCCUCCAGUCCAAAACCUUUACCCCAGGCCCAUCUUUUUAUUGGUCUGGGCUCUAGUUAAACCACAAGCCCAGCCCAACUCGAACUCCUCGCUUCCCCAACGCUCCAGAACUCUCUCUCUCUCUCUCUAGAAUUCACUGGUGGCCUCCGUUCUCCGCCUUUCUUAGUGGCUGACUCACCUUUUUCCUUCCCGCCAAAUUCCAAAAACAUCUGGAAGUUUCUCCAUUCCCUCGAAAAACCCCUAUAUAUACACAUAUACUCAACCUCCAAUUUCCAACCCAGAACAAAUCGAAUCGAAUACUGUGAUUUCCAAAUCAUCUCAGCUUAAGCAUUCUAAAACCCACUCAAAUUAUUUGCUCUGUUUUUCAAGUUCUUUGAAGUUUCUUGCAGAAGCUCCAUCAAUGGCGUCAAAAUCUCAGGGAAAGGCCAUUGGAAUCGACCUCGGCACCACCUACAGCUGCGUGGGGGUAUGGCAGAACGACCGCGUAGAGAUCAUACCCAAUGACCAGGGCAACAGGACAACCCCUUCCUACGUCGCCUUCACCGACACCGAACGCUUGAUCGGCGACGCAGCCAAGAACCAAGUCGCCUUGAACCCCUCCAACACCGUCUUCGACGCCAAGCGCCUCAUCGGCCGCCGAUUCUCGGACCCCUCGGUGCAGAGCGACAUGAAGCUCUGGCCGUUCAAGGUAGUCGCAGGCCCCGGCGACAAGCCCAUGAUCGUCGUCACUUACAAAGGCGAGGAGAAGAAGUUCGCCGCCGAGGAGAUUUCUUCCAUGGUGCUCACCAAGAUGAAGGAGAUCGCCGAGACCUUCAUGGGUCAAGCCGUGAAGAACGCCGUCAUCACCGUUCCAGCGUACUUCAACGAUUCGCAGCGGCAGGCGACGAAGGACGCCGGUUCCAUUGCGGGACUUAAUGUGAUGAGAAUCAUCAACGAGCCGACGGCGGCCGCAAUCGCUUACGGUUUGGACAAGAAGGCGUCGAGGUCCGGCGAGCAUAACGUGCUAAUUUUCGACCUCGGCGGCGGAACUUUCGACGUUUCUCUGCUUACGAUCGAAGAGGGGAUUUUUGAGGUGAAGGCCACCGCCGGAGAUACCCAUCUCGGAGGCGAAGAUUUUGACAACAGACUUGUGAAUCAUUUUGUUGCGGAAUUCAAGAGAAAGUAUAGAAAGGACAUAAGCGGAAAUGCAAGAGCUCUGAGGCGGCUGAGGACGGCGUGCGAGAGAGCGAAGAGGACGCUGUCAUCAACGGCGCAAACCUCCAUUGAAAUUGAUUCGCUCUAUGAAGGUAUCGAUUUCUACUCCACACUAACCAGAGCACGGUUCGAAGAAUUGAACAUGGAUUUGUUCAGGAAAUGUAUGGAUCCCGUGGAGAAAUGCCUUCGGGACUCGAAGAUCGAUAAGAGUCAGGUUCACGAAAUCGUCCUCGUCGGUGGGUCGACGAGAAUCCCCAAAGUUCAGCAGCUCUUGCAAGAUUUCUUUAACGGCAAGGAACUCUGCAAGAGCAUUAAUCCCGACGAGGCCGUCGCGUACGGCGCUGCGGUUCAAGCGGCGAUUCUGAGCGGCGACGCGAACCAGAAGGUCCAAGACUUGCUUCUGCUCGACGUCGCGCCUCUCAGCCUCGGAAUCGAAACCGCCGGCGGCGUGAUGACGGUUCUGAUCCCGAGAAACACGACGAUCCCGACCAAGAAGGAGCAGAUCUUCUCCACUUAUUCCGACAAUCAGCCCGGAGUACUAAUUCAGGUGUUUGAAGGGGAGAGGGCUCGAACUAAAGACAAUAAUCUUCUGGGGAAGUUCGAGCUCACAGGAAUCCCGCCGGCGCCGAGAGGUGUUCCCCAGAUCAACGUUUGUUUUGACAUCGACGCGAACGGAAUCUUGAAUGUGUCAGCCGAGGACAAGACGGCGGGGGUGAAGAACACGAUUACGAUUACCAACGACAAGGGGAGGCUGAGCAAGGGUGAGAUUGAAAAAUUGGUGAAGGAUGCAGAGAAGUAUAAGGCGGAAGACGAGGAAGUGAAGAAGAAGGUGGAAGCGAAAAACUCCCUUGAAAACUACGCGUAUAAUAUGAGGAACACCAUCAAGGACGAGAACAGCGCCGGAAAAUUGAAUCCAGCGGAGAAGCAGAAGAUUGAGAAGGCUGUACAGGACACGAUCGAGUGGUUGGAGAGGAAUCAGUUGGCGGAAGUGGAGGAGUUUGAGGAUAAGUUGAAGGAGUUGGAGGGGCUGUGCAAUCCAAUUAUAGCGAAAAUGUAUCAGGGCGGCGGCGGAGACAUGCCCGGUGCUGGGGCUGGUCCGAAGAUCGAAGAGGUUGAUUGAGUUGAACUGGAGCAUUUAAUUCCAUGGGUCCAUUAGCAGUUCAGCGUUGGGAUUCAUGAUAGCUCUGUUUUGGCUUUGUCUUUUUAGUUGUGGUUUGUGGGUUCUAAAUGGUUGGGGAUUUGAAGAAGAGUAUAAGGGCAAAGAUGUAAAUCAACCAAAGAAUAUAAGGGCAAAGAUGUAAAUCUACCACUUUUUGCCUUGCUUUUUUGUGUGAUAAAAUUGAAAUAAUAGAGUCUACCAUAUAUGCUUCUUGAGUUU